AUGAUCCCCUUCCAAGUACUCUAUGGCUACCUUCCUCCACACCUAGAUUUUCCCUCUACUGCCACCACCUUUGUUGCUGUUGUUGAGGACUAUUUAAAGCAGAGAGAUGUUGUAAUUGACUUAUUGAAAGUUACUCGUCAUAAAUCCAUGGAGAGGAUGAAAUUUUUUGCUGAUCAGACAAUAACUGGCAGAGUCUUUGCUGUAGGUGACAAGGUUUAUCUGAAGUUGCAACCUUACCGACAAACUUCUGUGGCUCUGAGAAGAAACCUAAAAUUGCCAGCCAAGUACUAUGGACCAUUUACUAUUGUGCAGAGGAUAGGUGCAACUGCUUACAAACUCCAGUUACCAGUAGAAUCCAGGAUUCAUCCCGUCUUCCAUGUUUCUCAACUUAAUCAACAUAUUGGAGCAACCCACAGUCCAUCUCCCUCACUGCCUGUACUGAUGGUACUAUUUUGGUCAUUCAUGCAAUUGUCCUGGACUCAACAACUAUCUUGCGCAAUGGUUUCUCUGUACCUCAAUUGCUUAUUAGGUGGACUAAUGCUUCCAUUGAAGAUGCUGCUCACAUAG